AUGUGCACUCUUCACGACAAUAUCCAGGCCUGGGUUCUGGAUCUACCCAGAGAUCACGAAAUAAUCUCCGACGAGUCUCCGACAACUACAGCCCGCAAGCGAAAGCGACGCAACAGUUAUGCCCUCACCCCUCCAGGCUCCGACGACGAACAAGUGCAUACAACGAUCAUGACCGACCGAAGCGGAGGAGGGCCUCUUACGCCGCAAAAGCGCCAGCGUCUCAUACCCGCUGGUGGUUACCAAUUCAAUCCCGACGACAACACCGAAACCCCUCGUGCCGUGCGACCAGGCGAUUCGGUCUCGUGCGAUGGUAGCAGUGUGUCUCUAAGCGUGGGCAGCGGUGCAUACUCCAUGGCCUCAUCAUCGCGACCUAGCCGCUCCAAGUCGCCGACGAAACAAUUCAGCAUAGCUGAAAUUAGCAAAAACCCGAUCAAGGUCUAUGCGCUAGAUUCAAUUAGAACGCUCGAGAACAUUGACACCAGGCCUGGCGCGCGGAGCCUGCGAGAAUCGCUCAGCAUUAUCUCCAGGAUUGCAAAAAGUAGAGGGGUCAUCCCUAAUAGUGAUGUGGAGUCAAUUCGAAUGUCCAAUCCCGAGAUCGAUCUCGAUGACGAGGCCGUUUACGAUGCGAGCGAUUUAUACAUCAAACGAUAUGGACCUAUACCUUCGUUCGCGGAGGUGGAUGCUAUUGUCCAAACUUCCCAGUACGGGAUUGCGGAAAAGUUCGACGAGGCGAGCUGGGAUCGUGAAGUGCACUUCCGUGUACUGGCCUUGUCUUUGCGGCGUCCUCUCGCCCCUGCUAGAGAUGGCCUGAUCAAUUUUGCGCCUUCAACAACAGCUGCAAUCCACCACAAGCUCAUCGAAGGCACGCCGCCUCGCAUGGUCGACUUUUGCGUCUUUGUUGACCCCGAGUCAACGGAUGUAGAACACAAGCCUGUCGUCACUGAAGCCAUUGAUCGCAUGCGACACAUGUCAGGCUACUCGUCCAUCAACCACACGUCCCACUUUCUCUUUCGCAACAAGACCAUUUCAGUAAGCAUCGAGUCUAAGCAGCGCGGUUCCAGCCAGGAUGACGCGCAUCUGCAAAUCGGGACAUGGCAUGCUGCGCAAUGGACUUAUCUGGAACGCCUUGCACAAAUCCAAGGGGCCACCUUACAAGGCUUGGCCUUCCUCCCGGGUCUUAUCAUUCAAGGAGAGGACUGGCAUUUUGUAGCCUCCACGCGAGAGGGAGCUAGUACCCUGUUGUGGUCCAAGAAGAACGUAGGCUCGACAACGAAUCACGAAGGAGUUUACCAGGUCGUCCGGGUAAUCCAAUACCUUGCCUGGUGGACGGAGACGGUAUAUUGGCCCUGGUUUUCAUCGACCAUCCUUGGCGUUCCAGCGAGUGGGCGGUGA